AUGAGUGAAGAGGUGUACGCUCACGACCGAGAACUCAUCCGAGGGUUCCUUGAAACUUUCAAAUCUGGCGCUGCAAAACCACUUUACAUCAUCGCGAUGCAGGAGAUCAUCGACCGCCAAAGUUGCUCCAUGCAGAUCGAACUGCAACAUGUAAAAGAGUUUUCUGAGGCUGAACGAGAUCAACUUGUACGCAGAGUUGUAUCCAACUGCAAAAGAUACUCAACUAUUUUCGCGGAGGAAAUCGACAAAAUAAUGGCGCGUAUGAUAGAGUCAAGUAGUAUGCAUCCGGAUGAUACCGCAGAUAUUGUACUGCGGCACCAUUUCGGUGACCACAGGAAUGGGAGCGCAGCACCUGGGUCACUGCGGCGCCACUUUGACGUCUUUUUCAAACCUGCAACGGGAACCACACCGAUAAAAAUGCGUGAAAUUCGAGCGAAGAUGAUCGGAAAGUAUGUGACAUUCAAAGGUAUGUGUACGAGGCUAACUGAUGUCAAGCCCCUCAUGGAAGUGGCGUGUUAUACAUGUGAAGGUUGUGGACAAGAGUACUUCCAAGAAGUAACAGAUACGCAGUUCAUUCCAAUACAGUUCUGUCAGUCUCAAACAUGCAACAAAAACUUCGCUUUAUUCAUUGAAACCCGAGCAUCAAAGUUUGCAAAGUAUCAAGAACUCAGAAUCCAGGAGCUGUCGGAAGAUGUACCAGUUGGACACGUGCCGAGAUCAAUGUCGGUCACGCUGAUCGGAGAUAUGACAAGAAAAUUGAGCCCUGGGGACAUUGCUAACAUCAGUGGUAUUUUUCUCCCUCGUCAAAGUGCCGGAUAUUCUGGUAGUUCUAGCCUGGUUUCUACGACGUAUUUGUACGCUAUGUCCGUUGAACCGCUCAAGUCGCAGCAAGCAGAGUCUGAAGAGACGCCCGAGUUGAUUAAACGACUCAAAGACAUUAGCGAAAUUCCUGACAUCUAUACCUACUUAGCCAAGUCUAUUGCACCCGAGAUCUACGGUCAUGUUGAUGUGAAAAAGGCCCUGUUGCUCUUGCUUUGUGGUGGUGUCACGAGAAAGCUUCCGGAUGGUGUUAAGAUCCGAGGUGAUAUCCACGUGUGCCUGAUGGGAGAUCCUGGUGUGGCGAAGUCUCAACUACUCAAGCAUAUUGUCUCGAUAGCGCCUCGUGCUGUUUAUACCACUGGACGCGGUAGUAGUGGUGUGGGUCUUACAGCGUCCAUUCAACGAGAUACUGUCACCACUGAGCUGAUCCUUGAGGGUGGUGCACUCGUGCUAGCUGAUCGAGGUAUUUGCUGCAUAGACGAGUUCGAUAAAAUGGACGAAAGUGAUAGGACUGCAAUACACGAGGUCAUGGAGCAGCAAACCGUCAGUAUUGCGAAGGCUGGAAUAACAACAACGUUGAAUGCGAGAACCACGGUCCUGGCGGCCGCAAACCCAGCAUUUGGUAGGUACAAUACAAGUGCUACACCGCAAGAAAAUAUUAAUUUACCCGCGGCUCUUCUGAGUAGAUUUGAUCUUAUGUGGCUUAUCCUCGAUACACCCGACCCAGACUCUGACGUGGAGCUAGCGCGUCAUGUCAUGUGUGUCCAUCGUGAAGGCCGUCCGCCGUUGAACAGCUUCAAUCCAGCAUCAGCUUCUGAACUUCGAACAUAUAUCUCGAUCGCACGACGAUUUGAACCGUACAUUCCAGAAGAUGUCUCGGACUCCAUUGCGGGAGCGUAUGUUGGUAUUCGUCAGGCUGAAGAUGAAGCCGGAAAUGAAGCGACUGGAUAUACCACAGCUCGAACGCUACUUUCCAUCAUUAGACUAGCCGAGGCGUUGGCACGCCUCCGCUGGUCCACUGUCGUUUACGAGAAAGAUGUUGAACAGGCGCUGAAGUUGAUGAAGAUGUCGAAAGCAAGCCUGGACAUGCAGAAGGCAGCUACAGCACAGCUUUCAGAUCCAAUCGAAACGCUGUUUUUGAUUUUGCGAAACUGGGCUGGUGAGAACUCUAGUGAAUUGAUCACCUGUACAGUGGCGCAUCAACUCGCUGCGAAAAAUAGUUUGCUAGACGUGCUCAGUACGUGCUUGACGGAGUACACAGCUUUGGGCGUUUGGGUAACAGAUGCUGAGAAUAAUAUUACAUUCAUAGAGUAA